AUGUAUGUGAAAUGGUUUGAUACAGUAAUGUUAUACUAUGUGAUUUUAGUGAAUUUAGUGAAUGUCCCUUUUUGUCAUUUUCAAAUUUCCCACCGUUCCGUCCCCCAUACGUCCCGACGUUACAGGGGACAGAACCCAGAAGACAGAUGCUGGCAUCCACCGGAGGACAUUACAGGGGACACAGCAGGAGGGACAUCGCGGGAGCACAGGACAAGGUAAGAGAAGAACAGAUCCCGGAGCAGCGCCGCAUGGUAAGCCCGAGUGUAGCUCGGGGUUACCACUUGUGCUACACUCGGGAAUACCGCCAGGGAGGCUA